CUUCUGAGAGAGCCCAUGCGUAUCACCUACAUUCAGGAUUAUGAUAAAGAUGCAAACUUAUUCUUCGCAGGAUUCGAGUUGACAGUAACACUCAAGUAGCUGGAGGAAUUCUUCAUCAAAUGGGGACAAGUAGUCAGUGUCAAAUUAUCAGUGGAUGAGAACAAGAAGAGUAGAGGUACUUGAAUGGUGCUAAUUCAAAUAGGUUAUGGGUGGGUGCAAUAUGAAAAGAAGGAGUAAGCCAAUGAGUUGUUGGCUGAGAGUCAACAAAAUGAAGGAAAGGUGCAAUACAAUGAGAAGACAUCAAUAAUAGUGAAGAGAUUUGUAAAGAAAGGCACAACUGAACGUGAGGACAAGAGAAGUAACUUAUACAUCAAGAACUUCUGGACUUCAUUGGAUGGUUUAGAUUUGGAAAACCCUCAAGUACGAGAAUAGUUGGUAUUUAUACUCGAUUUAUAUGUGAUCAGGAAGCUGAAAUGCGUACCAAAUUGAAUGAAUGGUUCAUCACUUAUGGUCCAAUAAUUAGUGUCUUGGUCAAAAUAGAUAUCGAACGUAAGGCUCCCUUUGCCUUUGUGAGUUUCAGUAGACAUUAAGAUGCCAAAGAAGCCUAAAAAACAUUAGGUACUACCUUAGGAACCAACGCAUAGAAGGAUCCAUUGAAUACUGGUAGAAAGAUGUAUGUUGGAUGGGCACAAACAAAAACGGAUAGAAAAUAACUCAGAGAUAAUAAUGUCUAUUCAAAAUAUAUUUAUGCUGAUCACUUGAACAGAAAUGUUACAGAGGAAAUGAUUAGACAAACCUUAAAAGAGGCUGGAUAUGGCGAUAUCUCAAUGGUAUUUAGUGAAUCCUAUUGUAUAAUAGAUUAGAUUGGAAAAGAUGCAACAAGGAUUCUAAUAGAUCAUCAGAAUUGGAUACAUUGUAUUUGAUCAAGCAUCAGAUGCAAACAAGUUGAUCAAAUCAUUCAAAGAGAACGAGAAGUUCGAUGAAAUCAAAAAACUCUUCGACCAAAAUGUAGAAUAAGCUGGUGGCAAAUACUUCCAACAUCUCUUCCCUCAACAAUCCCAAUAGAGAGGACAGAGAAGAACUAAUCAAAGACAGUCUCCAACUAGAAGAAUGUAUCAAAUGCCUCCAGGCCCAGCUUAAUUUGCUGCCAGAAUGCCAUUCCCAUUCCCUAUGCAAUAAUAGAGAGUCCCAGGCGGUGGCAUGAGAAGACCCUACUAAUAACAAUUCCCAAAUCCCAUUAGACAAACUCCCUUACCUCCUCCUGUACAAUAGAUUGCUGAUUUGGCUCCAGUCCAAGCUGUUGCCUUCGACAAGAGAUAAGAUUUAGUCGAUUUAUUGGCUAACAUAGAAGCUUUCAAGGCCAAGUCUGAGGAAGACCAAGUCAAAUAACUCUAGUAAUUUCUUGUAAUUUAAUAUAUCUAGAAUUAUGUUGUAUUAUAGAAUCAAAACCAAACUAAGCUAAGACAUAGAACCUCAUUGGAAGAAAGUGAGUGAAGUGCUUUCAGAUCCUUCCAAUUACACAGUAGAUGAAAUCCUCGAUAUGAUUAAGAAUGAAGAUCAAUUUAAUGAAUUAGUAGAUGAUGCUGUUGCUCAAUUAAAAGAAGAAGCACAUUGGUGAUAAAUUUAAUGUUUGUUCAAAUAUAAAUAUAUUUCAAC